CAGUUGUAUUGUGCAUAUGGGUUAAUAUCCUUUGUACAUUCUGUCCUUAGACACUCAGACGUUGAUGACAGGUUUCACAACUGAAGAUAGAUAGUGGUUAUGAGAAGUGGGAGGGAACAGUUAGCACCUUUUUUUUUAAAAAAGGAUUUCCUACCUCGAUGUGUCUGUGUCGUGUGUAAUCCUAAUGGAGCGGGAGGAGGGGAGUUGUGAGAGUAACAGCUGCCAGUCUGGAUAAAAGACGACUGCUGGAAUAAAAGCUGUCAAAGUGCUUUAUGAAACACAACAAAGGCAUCAGUUUAUUAUGGAACGGCUGGGCUUUUCCGUUGUGUGGUGUGGAGCGAUACUUUUCACUAGUUCACUUCUGAGUGGACACACUGGGGUACAAGCAGUUUUUAAAAUGCACAAGCUCUGCAGGUUCUGUGACUUUAGGCCCAGUACCUGUAAUGCCACUGGCAUCUGUUUGUCCAACUGCACCAUCAACUCAAUCUGUGAAGUGCAGGAUGAGGUCUGCGUCGCUGCAUGGCACAGAGAGAACAUGACUGUGGAAACUGUUUGCCAUGACCCUUCGCUGCCCUUCCAUGGUGUCAUGUUGGAUGACUACAACAACACAAAAUGUGUGAUGAAACAGUACAAAGCCCUGGACCCACACUUCUACAUCUGCUCCUGUACAACGGAUGAGUGUAACGAUGAGCUUAUCUUUACACCACAUGAGCACACAAGACAAGGUGCUGUGGACAGUUAUUCCAGGUCAGAGGUUACUGUAAAAGAGGCAGAGGCAGCACUUCCAGCCUCUGCUGUGCAGUGUGAGCUACAGCUACUCAAACUCCAGCUGGAAGCGGAAAACAACAAAGCAAGCCUGAGGGAUGAGCUCAUCGCCAUACUGAAGCGCGACAACGACUACCUCCACAAAGAGCUACAACAGAAAGACAAAUUUGUGAGGGAAUUGGCAAAAGGAACAAAGAACUGGCGGUAUAUACCAUCAGGGGUUUCCACCCAGACCAGCCGGAGGAGAGCGUCAGACGCUGAAGCCAGUUCCUUCUCUGCUACUCAGUCCAGCUUGUCAGACCCGUCACUAGAAGACUGCCAGAAGAAACAGAGGAUCCUGAAGAGACGCGUGGCUCUGCACAUCUCGCAAGCACAGAUGCACGGGCCUGAGUCCAGCUGACUCUGAGACUGCCCUUCAGUGUCAGUGUCUCUGAAUGAUGUCAUAUGGGCCGUGAGUUUGUCCAGUCUGCUUCCUGUCCUGGUGGUGGCUGUCCUCAUCAUCUCUGUCUUUCACUUCUACGCAUUGCACCAGAGCUAGCUUGGGAGUGGGCGUGACUGCAAAGGCUCCACCCACAACUACAGCAUCACCCAACGCAUCAUCGGCAACAGAGCCCUGUUCAGAGGCAACACAUGCUGCUUAAAUACAGCGCUCUGUACUGCUAGUAAAUAACUCUCCUCUUGGACUCGCCCUCUCCCUUGGGACCUGUCAUUUUCACAAUGACUAGAACAUGCUCAGCUCUGGGACCUGUAACACAGCUCUGGGACGUGUAACACAGCUCUGGGACCUGUAACACAGCUCUGGGACCUGUAACACAGCUCUGGGUCGUGUCCAGAGAAACCCAGGGUCAUAAACUCAUCACUAGAAUGUGUUGGACCUUCUCCACAACAAUUAUGGAUGUUAAAGCUGCUCUCCUAAAAUUUUUCAUUCCCAAAAUUCUAUUGGAUUGUAAUCUGCAGCAGUUCAAUGUCCAUGUGCAUUCCAAGGACAUUGAUAUAAUUUCUAUGUGACCAUUUUUCACAAAGAUUAACCAGACAAACGCUUACCUGUUUUUUGUGAUAUAUGACGUGUGACGCCCAAUGAGCUCUUAAAUGUUUGACCUUGUGUCUACUAUAACUUCAGAUGGCGUAAUGAGCUCAAAUAAUGUCUAAUUAACUCCAUAUGACCCUUCAAUUAUAUUGUGGUUUAUUUCAUUUUGGGAACUUUUCUUCUGUCAGUCUCUCAAAGCUUAUAGAUCAUCAUGUAGAAGACAAUCACGUUACUUAAUAUUCGUUUUAUUUAGUGUUGUUGUUGUUCCAGAUCCAGCAUGCAUCUCUGUGCUAGUGAGUAGGCAUUGCACAGUAACCUGCUAGAAUCCUGUAUGCUGGGUUUUUAUAGGUUUAUUCUCAUUCACUAAGACUACAUUCAUUCACCCCUAAUUCACUCCUUUAUUACAUCAUCCAUUGUAUUACUUUAAAAUUAUACUGUUAAGGAAGAGAAAUUGCAAUUAUUAGCCACUUUAUUAAAGCAUAGUUUGUGAAUCACUCCUGUUCCAUAUACACUCCUGUGCACUCCUGUUCCCUGCACACUCCUGUACCCUGUUCACUCCUGUGCACUCCUGUUCCCUGUACAUCAGGGCUCAUUCUCUCUCCACACACCUACUGCCCAGGGUCCAGUCUCAGUGUUAGCUGCCAUACUGACACUAUAGAGGGUGUUGUGCUACUGUGAGUGUACUGCUGGAGACUUUGUGUGUCAGCGGGACACUUUCCUUCUAGUUUACCAGAAAUAUCCAGCCAGCACUGACUGAUCACAAACAACACUGAUCACAGAUCACACUGACUGAUCACAGCACUGAUCACACUCAACACUGACUGAUCACAGAUCACACUGACUGAACACAGCACUGAUCACACACAGCAGAGGUGCCCAGACUCUAAAUGCACACCUACAAAGUAAGUAAUUGUAAUAAAGGUCCUUUGUCACCCAAACAAAGAA